GAGGGCAUAGAGAAAUUGGGAGCUUUACCCGCAUUCCAGCAUUGUUUAGGCCCAGUCGUUCAUCGGUAGACCCGCGAUGAGCUCAACCGGUUUCCGUCCUAGUAGCUUGCUGGGCAAGAAGAAGGAAGACGAGGAAGCCAUUCUCAAGAGCUACAAGUCGUACACCGAGACCGACGACACCGAAGACACCGACAUACCGGCCGCGGUCUCACCUGCCCCUCCCACAACCCUCGGUUUUGAAGGAGUCCAACCUGAUAAUGCCGCAGUAGCGAACCCUCAGGAGAUUGAGAUGGCUGAGAGCCACAUGGGAGCGCCUACUGACAAGGAGGACCAGCCACUUCAUGAAGGGCACCUUUAUCCGAAUUUGCUCGCACAAACGGAUGAUGAUGAACUUCCAGAGUCCCCGGCCAAGAAGGACGAUAACAAGGUCAACGACCUCUUCUUCAAGGAUGGCAAGCGACGUAUCGACUUUGUCCUGGCCUACCGCAAGCAGGAGAGUGAAGAGAGAGAGGAGAAGAGGGUGAAGAAGAGGCAGAACUUUGAGGCCAAUCUCAUUGACGAAGGACUUCAGCUCGAGUAUGAGAACUCAGAGGGGCCGGAGCCGAAGGAAGAUGACCCUGAAUCCCACGACGGUCGAACGUUCUUUGUCAAGGUUCAUGCUCCCUGGGACCUGAUGACUCGCUAUGCUGAGGAACUCAAGAUCAAGAUGCCCAUCGAGGAAAACAACAUGGAGGAGCCAGUUAAUGUAUUCAACUGCAUUGACAAGCUGUGGACUCCCUUUGAGCUGAGCGAGGAGUACGUGAAGCCUGAGCCUGAUGUCUUCACAGCCCCGUUCAUCAGGGACAGAGCCUCUGAGUUCAUCAUGGAGAGCCAGGAUACCUUCUUCCCCAACAACAUCCGCAACCGUGUGGUGUACGAGAUCUUAGAGAGGAUGCGUUACGAUGCAAAUGAUCCAGCCAAGUUUGGAAUCGAUCAUCUGAUCGCUAACGGAUCCUACUUCGCUGCCUACCCACUUCACGAGGGAGAUUACAAGAGCAAGCACUCCCUUCUGACCCAUGGCCCUCAGAACGAUAGACAUCUUCCAGCUUGGGCACGACCCAAUUUUAGAAAUCUGCUGUACGAAGAGUGGGCAAGGCCAGGAAGAUGGUACAAGAAGCAACCCCUCGAUCUGAUCAGGCGCUACUUUGGUGAGAAGAUUGGUAUCUACUUCUGUUGGCUGGGAUUCUACACUGAGAUGCUGACAUGGGCAGGCUUUGUAGGUCUGAUUGUCUUUCUCUAUGGAUGUAUCUCUCUACCCAGCAGUGUGGUUGUGCAAGAGAUCUGCGACGGAACCGAUAUCAUCAUGUGUCCUCUGUGUGACCGACGAUGCCCGUACUGGACGCUAUCUGACAGUUGUUUCUACUCGAAGUUGACGUACCUGUUUGAUAAUGAAGCGACCGUCUUCUUUGCCUGCUUCAUGUCCCUCUGGGCCACCAUGUUCUGCGAAUUCUGGAAAAGAAGGCAGAACACGAUUGACUACGACUGGGACUUGUUUGGCUUUGAAGAACAGGAGGAGAACAUUCGUCCUGAGUUCGAGGCCAAGGCCCCAGACAGGAGAGUCAGUCCCAUCACCAACCUUCCCGAGAAGUACAUGAAGUUCUCCAAGCGCUUCCCUCGAUUUUCGACGUCCGUUCUUACAAUUGCAUUCAUGAUUCUGCUCGUUAUGGCCGCCGUGAUGACCGUCAUCGUCUACAGGAUCGUCGUCAAGACGGCCAUCUUCGCCAUCGAUCAGGAAUUCAUCUCUUCGUACGCCUCCAUCAUCACCUCGGUUACGGCUUCCAUGAUCUCGCUCAUCCUCAUCAUGAUCCUGCAGAUACUGUACGAGCGUAUUGCAGUUUGGCUGACUAAUCUGGAGUUGCACCGUACGGAGACAGAGUACGAAGACAGCUUCACCUUCAAGAUGUACCUCUUUGCAUUCGUCAAUUACUACUCUACCAGUUUUUACAUUGCUUUCUUCAAGGGCCGCCUACCCGGUACCCCAGCUGACUAUGGACGUGUUUUCGGAAUAUGGCGUCAGGAAGAGUGUGACCCUGCUGGAUGUAUGCAAGAACUCUUCAUUAAUAUUGCUAUCACUAUGUGCGGAAAGCAAUUCUUCAACAACUUCAUGGAGCUGGCUAUGCCUGUCCUGAUGAACUUCUGGCGUUCUCGUACCGGUCGCAAGGAGGAGAAGAGCGGCAAGGGACGUUAUGAGCAGUGGGAACAGGACGCUGACCUGGCCGAUCUUGGACCACGAGGGCUCUUCAAGGAAUACCUCGAGAUGGUCGUUCAGUUUGGUUUCUCCACCAUCUUUGUGGCUGCUUUCCCUCUGGCUCCUCUCUUCGCUCUUCUGAACAAUCUCGUUGAGGUCCGUCUCGAUGCCUACAAAUUCAUCUCUCAGCUCCGACGACCAGUCGCCAAGAGAGCCCAGGAUAUCGGUGCUUGGUAUGCAAUCCUAGUCACCGUUGGAAACCUGUCUGUCUUAACCAAUGCCCUUGUCAUUGCCUUCACGUCCGAGUUCAUCCCGCGUCAAGUCUUUAAGUAUUACUACGGAGGACCCGAGGCAACGCUCAACGGCUAUACCAACUGGUCGCUCUCCUACUUCAACACCGUGGACAUGCAGAAUGAUUCUAAGCCCACAGAUCCGAGUUACCCCAGGGUUGGUGAUGAGGACACCACGGACCCCAACUAUGGAUUGAACGUAUCCGUAUGCAGAUACCGUGGUAACUACGAUGAACAUUAUAAUGUCACCUUGGACUACUGGCUGGUCAUCGCCAUUAAGCUGGCCUUUAUCCUGCUCUAUGAGCACGUCAUCAUCUUCGUGAAGAUGGUGGUGGCGUACGUCAUCCCGGACAUGCCCGACACCGUCAAGAACCAGAUCAAGAGGGAAAACUUCCUUGCCCAGCAGGCGCUACAUGAGCUUACCUUAAGCAAGGGUAUGGCUACUAAGUCUCAGGAAGCGGCCAUGCCCCUUGGGGCAAGUGGGAUGGUAUAAUCAACAGGGGCGCGGUGGGGUGGGGUGGGAUGGGGAUUGGGACCGCACCCAUUCUGUCAAACUUUAAAAACAGUCACCAACCUUAUAUCAUAGUUUACAAUCCGAAGGGCAAUAGCGUAGACUGGAGAAAAAGCUUGAAUAGGGCCAUCCUUUAUCUUCAAAAGAGUUUAGAAUGUAAUUUAAGAGCAAAGAUUCCUCCUCUUUACUACCCCAUCCCCAUAUCAUUUAGAUAAUCAUUACCAAAAAAAAAUAUAAUAAUAAUCAUCCUUGACUAAUUUAUGUUUUGGCAUUAUUUGGAUGCACAUUGCAUGUUUCAUUAAUUUGAAUCACUUUGAAUGUUAAUGAAAUAUUGUUUUAUUACGGUGAGGGCUUUUCCUGUCUUGCUUUAUUUCGAUUUAUUGAUUUGAAUGACUUCUCUGGAUGCAGAUGGUCUCAUCUAGAUUUUCGAUGACAAUUUUUCAUUCCAUGGUGAGGAGACAAUUUCAGCGUUGUCUUAAUGAUCUUCAUGAAAUUUAUUUUAGAAAUUUGAAAGUUGAAUUUGAAACAUUUUCAGAUAUUCAGGGUUGUGUUUACAUGUAUAUUGUACAGUUUUAUUGAAACGAUGAAUAGUUUUAGAUUGGUUGCAUUUUUAUAUCUCUACCUAUAUGUAAGUUUGUGAUAUAUAGCCAUUAAAUUGAUAUAUAUGAUAUGUCGUUGUAAUAUGUGCGUGUAUUCACCACUAACUGUAUAUAGAUUUACAUAUUCUUAUACCUGUACGUUAUUUGGGAUAUCAUUGUAAGCAUAUUAAUGGUAAUGCAUGCAUAAAUUAAUCUUUAUGAAUAUAAUUUGCAUGUUAAUUAGGGACUGGCUAUUUUUACAGUAAAUUUAUGGUUCGUUUUAUUGAGUUUCCUACCCCCGAUAUAAGGUGUUCUCUUUAAACAAUUUGAAGAACUUUUGUAGUUUAUGUAUGAAUAAUAAUUAUAUAAAUAAUGAAUUGAAUGAAAUUCAUUCAUAAUCAACUUUUCUUGCAUCUUUAGCCAUGUAAUGAUGUUUUUUUUGGUGACUUUGAAUUUAAAAUUGAACAAUUUAUGAUGAUAUCUGGAGUUAAGUCAAGAAGUACAUAUUGCAACAACUCGAGUACAAACUAAAUAUGCUCCUCGUAUUUCAUCUUGAGUUUUUGUUAAGAUAUUUUAACUUGUUAUAUUUAAAGGACUUUUUUUCAAAAUUGAGAAAGAAAAUAGAAAAUUUGUGUCUUUUUACAUGAAAUUCGGAUCAAAUCGGUUAUCAAUAACCAACAUGUUUGUUGAUACGGGGAAAAAAUAGUUUUUAUGUUUUGUUGUAAUAGGCUAUUUUCGUAAUAGUAGCCCAAUUUAAUGCAAACGUCUUUACAAAGACGUAUGCAUUAAAUUUGGUUACAUUACGAAAAUGGCUUAUUGCAUUGACCAAAUUCUGUAAUCAUAUUUGUAGUGUCACUGUCUUUCAAACUUUGUUUCAAAAUGUGCUUUUUUAUCUUCUUAGGAAUGAAAGUGUGUUGUCUUUUGUUUAGAAUAUCAUUUAUCGUCUUUUAGCCUCAGGAACAAUUUCCUUUUCUUUUUCUUCUUCAUUGGGCUGUCUCAAACUAUAAAUCUCUUGUUAUGUAUGAGAUGUUGUCUUAUAAUUAGUUCAUUUUCAGUAAUCAUUUUUGAUUUUACGAAAACACAUCCAUGUACAAUGUACUUGAUUCAAACAUGGUGCCUGUUUUGGGAUAUUAACAUCAAAAUCUUCCAUUUUUGUAUUUUAUUCUUAUUUCAUUUUAUAAUUACAGACUUUUUUGUCGGAUGAUCUUUUUCACUGUCAUUUGACACAUACUCUGGCCUCAGAAAUGUAUAUUUGUAAGAAUGGAAAAGAAAGUUUUGCAAACUGAGCUCUGUACAUAUUCAGCUCCCCUCUCCUUUUAUGCUAAAUGAAAAUAUAAAUCAUAUUAUUAAUACCAUGUCGACAUAUGCAUAGGGCGGUGUACUUAUCUGGUUAUUUUUCUUUCUCUUUGGAUAUUAUAUAACUUGUAUCAUUAUGUUAAGAUGCUAUUUAGGGCAUACCAGUAUGUAAACGUAUAUGCCGUAUAGGCGACUCUAAUUUUAUCCAUAGAAUUGUGUCAAAAACUCUAUGGUAAAAACUGAGGCUCGUAAAACAGUUCAUCAAUUAAUUUCAAGUGCAUGUAUGAAAUUCGAUAUAUGCUAAUAUCUAUAUAUUCAUAGCUAGUUCAUGCAUUUUAAUAAAUUAAAUCAAAUUGUACUUGCAUGU